GCGAGCUCUACGUUCCUUUGCACGUCGUUCUCGAGCAUAAUUUUCGAAUGUCAACCCUUCUAAAUUUUAUUCGGACAUUGCUUUCUAAAUGUAAAAUACGCUUUUCAUGUUGAUCACUUUAUUCUCCAAUGAUUUUAUCUUUUUUUCGGGUUUCUCUCUGCUCAUAAAAUAUAAAUAAACAAUGAUAAUAUUCGAAUUACAUUUUUUCGGAAAUCAAUUUCAAAACGUUUUAACCUUCUGCUUGGAAAUGAAUCGUAAAUUUGUGUUGUAGUUCAUUCGUAUAAGCAGAAGAAUUGUUUUAAGAAAAAAGUGAGACUUUUCUUCUGAGGGAUUUUUAUAUCAUCGGUUCUAUUUCAAAUAUAUUGGUUGGUAGUGUUCAGUGAGCAUGAAAGUGGAAAGUGGAGUGGCAACGAGCACCGCCCUCCAGAAGUUCAAGGUGAAGGAAGAAAAGGAAGAAUGCUGCAGUAUUCAGAAAAAAGAGACAUCUACGUCAACGUCAACAGCAACCAGAACCAUCAACACUUUAACAAUCACCACAGACACAAAUACAGCCCUCUCAACCAACAACAACGCAACUGUGACCACUUUAUGCAGUCUUUCACCCCUUGCGAGCGUAACUCCCUCAACAACUAAUGUCGUACAACCCAACUCCUUAAUUUGUCAACCAACCGUCCUUAAAUCGAGUCUCAGCAAUAAAAACAACACAGAACUACACCCCAUCGAUCUUGAUCUCAAAACGAAAUUGAAGGUUAUUUCAACGUCAGUCAGCUCGUCGAACGAAAAAUCUGGUACCAGAGAAGAAAACCAUUCUAAGCCUGGAGGUGAAAACCGAUUACACUCUCCUCAUCAGAGGACUCAUCAGACAAGCAAUGGUCUUCGAUCUGAGUAUAGAGUCGGUUCAAGGUCGUCAGACAACGAAAGUCCUUUGUCGUCUCUUCCUCUUAAAAACGACACCGAUGAAAGCUCUUUCAAGUUGGACGAAAGUGGAAACACUGGAGAAGGAAAUGGAGUAUCUAAUGGUGGAUUCAAAUCCAUUUCCGCAAUUUUUUCUGGACAUGGGAAGCUGAAGAGGCUUCUGGGAACUUUGGUUCAAUUUGCCAUGGAUAUUUCUCUUGAUACCGGAGACUCUGUUCGAAGCCUUGUUCUUGGAUUAAUGAGUGGUGCAAUGUCAGCUGAGGAAUUUCAUUCUGCUCUACAAGAAGCUACAAAUUUUCCUCUCAGGGGAUUUGUACUCCCGUACCUGAAACAUACCCUACCUUCUUUGCAGAAGGAUUUAAGUUCUGCUGCCAGAGUAAAUAAUCAGUCCUGCGUUCAGUAUUUGCGUUCAAACGAAUCAGCAGUCUUGGAAGCUGUGGGUUUAGCUCCUUCAGGAGAAUCUGUUGAGCCUUUCGGGGAUAAUGUAGGAAAUGGAAGUGCAAGUAGUUCUGCACAAUACGGGCUGCGUUCAAAUUCAAAUCCGAGCCUCGGUGGCACUCAACACUCAAAUAAUACUGGAAAUCUCCAUCACUAUUCUGGAACAUCUCAUCUAACUAAACGAAGAGCUUCAGACACACCAUACUAUGAAAACGGAGCUCUCGAUGACAGCCCGAUUUAUGGAAAGCGCUCGACAAGUCAAUGGCAUAGCCAUCACCAACAACCAUCCGACCCCUCAUAUUGUUGGUACCAAACCCUUCAUUCUUCCGGUGGAUCGAUUCAAGGUCAUACACAUUCCCAUAGUCAUGGGUCGAGUGUUUUACCCAAUCUUGUCCAAAUCAACCAGCUAAACACCUUCGGACCUCCACACCUCCCACAACAGCAGCAGCAACCGAUAGGCCACAGCUCAACUGGUCAAAUGCAAAAUGGGUCUAGUCUUGAUGAGGAAUGGAAAAACAUCUACGUCAUGUUGAACUGUAUUCUCGGCAUGGUAGAAAAAACAAAAAGAGCCUUAGCGAUUCUUCAAAGGAGAGGGUGCACUAGUCCUGCAUCGGUACCUCAAUCUGCCAUCGUUGCUUCUCAAAACGGAAGUAGCGCCAACAACCCUUCCUCUACGAAUGGGGCCCAAGUGGAAUCUUCUACUAGCGACAGAGACGGAAGUCUUAAAAGAUUGUCUGGGGAAAUUGUAGCUCAAACUAUUCGGGCUACUGAAGACAGAGUCGCUGAAGUUAAGAGAAGAGCUGAGGAAGCUGUUCAGGAAGUGAAAAGAGCAGCAGUUGCAGAAGUUCAACGAGCAGUGGCAGUUGCAGUUGCAGAGUCUAGAGCUACAGAAAGGCUGAGGGUUCAUCGGUUACUAGACUUGCCCUUGUCUCAGAGACAUCCUGGAGCUUUGCGACAAAGUCCUUUUGUUCGAGUUGCAGGCCAUGGUUCUGCUACUGCAGCUGAAACGACUUCCCGGACUGCUAGUACCCCAAAUACUGGUUGUACAGCCUCUUUACCCAGUGAAGAUGAAAAGGACCCUCAUACUACAAGCAUGAUAGGCUCUGGAUGUUGGAACUGCGGCAGACCAGCUUUGGAAACUUGUGGAGGUUGUGGAAUUGCAAGAUAUUGCGGCUCUUUUUGUCAGCACCGAGAUUGGGAGGCCGGAGGCCAUCACGCGAAUUGUGGCAAUAGUCCAUCUCAAGAUUCACGUCGUUCCUCAUCUCCAAGUCCCCCUAGAAUUGAUAUUGGAAGUGGAAAUGAAACUGAAAGUAAAAACGCAACCACAAAUUCUACUACAAUUUCCAAGGGAAAGUGAUACGAUCCAAAAUCACACAAAAAUCGAAAAUCUCAUCGCCAAAAUCUCAAACCAAUUCUGAAAAAUCUUCACUGAAUCUUUGUUAAUAUUCACGUUUUCACCAAAAUGUAAUUAGCUAUUUCUCAAAUCUACACAUAUUGCGAUAACUUUCUUUGAAUAAGUUAAACUUUAUUAAUUUAUAUUAUUAGAGUCUAAGUAGCUAUGGUCAUCCAUAAAUUGCAUUCAUAUUGUUUUUCAUGUGUAUAAAUAUAGUAUAUUAUAUGAUCCAAUAUUAAAGUCAAAUAUCCUAGUCAAUUGAUAGAUUUAGAAAGUCUAUUAUAAGGGUAUGCAGACUUUUUUUAAUGUACUGGAAACCAAAAAUCAAUAUCAAACGUAAAGUCUAGUCAGUGGAAAUAUAUGGAUGCACGUAAACCUCAGGCAAAAAAUGUAUCGUCUCUCUAAAAUGUACAAUAACAAUGGGGUGGGGGGGGGGCAUUUUAGAGGGAGGAAUAUAUUUUUUUAAUGAAAUAUUCGUAAACUGAACGUGUUAAGAACCUUUGCUCAACUCUUCUUAGAUUGUGAAUUAUUAUAACUUCUCUGGUAAAAGUGUUUUGCGUUGCAGCUAUGCUCUACGAAUUCUAAAAUGUGUUUACAGAAUACAUUCUACAUCAAAUUGCGUGUGUUUCUCUGGAUAGAUUUAAAAUUGAGAAUUUGUAUAA